AUGUCUGGCAUCACUGGGAAUCGGGAUUGUGAGGAGUGUUUAUCUUCGGCACAUGUGGCCAACAGCACGGAGUUACACCCGCACCCCGCUGUGGAUGAGGACGACGAACUUCUGAGAUACAUCUGGAGGGAGUACUUACACCCCAAGCAGUAUGAAUGGGUUCUCAUCGUGGCUUACAUUAUAGUGUUCUUCGUCUCACUCAUUGGAAACUCGCUGGUUUGUUUUGCAGUGUGGAAAAACCGUCACAUGCGAACCGUGACCAAUUACUUCAUAGUGAAUCUCUCCCUCGCCGACAUCUUGGUCACCAUCAUCUGCCUGCCUGCGAGUCUCGUAGUAGACAUCACAGAGACGUGGUUCUUUGGAGAGACUCUUUGCAAAGUUGUGCCUUAUCUGCAGACCAUCUCUGUUUCUGUAUCAGUCCUCACACUGAGCUGCAUUGCCCAGGACCGCUGGUAUGCAAUCUGCCAUCCUCUGAUGUUCAAGAGCACAGCCAAGAGGGCUCGCAAGAGUAUUGUUGUCAUCUGGGUUGUGUCGUGCAUCAUCAUGAUCCCUCAGGCUAUUGUGAUGGAGUGCAGCAGCCUGCUCCCUGAACUAACUAACAAGACCAGCCUGUUCACAGUGUGCGAAGAACACUGGGGAGCUGAGAUCUACCCAAAGGUGUAUCACACCUGUUUCUUCAUCGUCACAUACUUUGCACCGUUAUGUCUCAUGGUCCUGGCAUAUAUCCAGAUAUGUCAUAAACUUUGGUGUCAACAGAUUCCUGGAAGCACAUCAGUGUUGCAGAGAAAAUGGAGGUCUAUUCAGUGCUCAGCUCCAGCUGCAGGGUCGGGAGAGCCCAUGAGGGUCAGGACCAGCACGGUUUGUGCUGAGAUCAAACAGGUCCGAGCCCGACGCAAGACGGCUCGCAUGCUGAUGGUGGUGCUCUUUGUUUUCGCUCUCUGUUACUUGCCAAUCAGCGUGCUCAAUGUCAUGAAGAGAGUCUUUGGGACUUUCAAGAAGACCAACGACAGAGAGACAGUUUAUGCAUGGUUCACUUUCUCUCACUGGCUCAUAUAUGCCAACAGUGCAGCAAAUCCCAUCAUCUAUAACUUCCUCAGCGGAAAGUUCCGCGGAGAGUUCAAAGCAGCCUUUUCUUGCCACUGUUGUGGGAAAGCUGAAAAUCGAACACAGAGGGCGAGGCCCAGAGCAAGCACAGACAGCCGAAAAUCCCUGUCAACUCAAGUCAACAACAUGGACAAUGUGUCACGGAUAUCAGAUCAGAUAGUGUAA